AGCAUUGAGUACAUGUAGCUUCUUGUCACCAAGAUUUGUUUUCAAAGACAAGAAACCAACCGUUUCACGAUUUUUCUAUCUCGUCUGCAUCAUUUCCCUACUAUUGCCGCAACUACUCACUUCAACAACAUCAGAAUGUCGGGUCUUCAGUACUUCUCGUACAAAGGUUAUGGCGAAAAACUGUUACAGGAGAUGCAUUACAGCCAAGCAGUCCGAGUGGGGGAUAACAUUGAAAUAUCUGGCCAAGAUAACAUGAAGAAGUGGGCUCCUAGCCGUGCGCCAAUUCUAACAGGUAUUGGGGCCUCAAAGCUUGGGCAACCUGGUAUGCGGCUCGAAGUUGAGGUCUCGGCCUACGACCCUAAAGGUCGCAGAUAGACUCCAAGACUGGCCAAUUGCCGCCUUUGGUACUCGAACAAGCAAGAACAUAUGAAUAUCAUUUUCGAUGAGUUCUGACUCAUUUGUAGAUGAGAUUAAGUGAUAUUCUUACUCUCGUGGAAUCAAGGUCAGUGGUACAAAAUAAGUGGACGACGC